AUGAAUCACGCAUCUUCCAGAAAUAUGGAAUCGUUACCGAAACAAUUCGUUGCGGCAAUGAGAACUUUAUUUGAUAUUAUGGAUGACAAACAUACAGGAUAUGUGAAACUUACAGAUAUUGAACACCGUUGGCGUGAUGAUCGUACCAAGGGACUCCCUCGUGGUGUGAUAGAGAGCCUACAGAAAGUAGCAUCACAUGACGGUUUGUUGACAUUUGAAAGGUUUUGCACUGGAUUAAAAAUAUGCCUUUUACGGAAUCAAGUCCAAACUUCAACUAGUAAAGAAGAUAGGUUCAAUAAUGAUGUUGAUACUACAGGAAUCCAUACCCAUAUAGGUGCUCAAACUCAUCGGCCACCCUCUGCCCCAUUAUUGGAUGCGAACGAAGCACAAGCUAUGGGUAGAAACUGGAUGGUUUUAAAAAGUACAGAAACCUCUUCUCAACAUCGUACUAUUAGUAUGCCACAGUUAAUUGGGCGCAAAGAGGGCUCGAUACCGGAACCCCGACUUUUAGGAGCACCAUCCAUACCUAAACACGAAGCUCGUAGAGUAUUUGGUCCUCCAAAGCCACCGCGAUUGGAAAAACAAGCCACAGAAAGGAAUGAAAAUUUGAAAUCUAGCUAUAAAUCAGAAGAAGAAAUUGUUUUUGAUAAUGAAGAAAUUUCUGACGAUAAGAUAGAUUUUGAGGAAAUUUCUCGGGCCAUGGAAGAACAAAGCAGAGGUCUCGGUGAUGGGAGAUCAGCUAACGAGAACCAAUCGCAAACUUUGCGUCGAACUUCCCGUCGGCGGGAACCUCGUCGCCACACCUUACAUAACGGUGUAGACUAUAAUCUUCUAAAGCGUAUGAAGCAGAUUGAACAAGAGAAAGAUGUCUUACUGCAAGGUUUAUCGGCUGUUGAAGAAGCUAGAGAAUGGUACCUGAAACAACUUGCAGAAGUUCAAGAAAAAAUGCGGUAUGCAGGAAGAAUGGGUGCAUAUGUGGAACCCUGGAGUGAAGCGCAUCAGGAGCGAUUGGAGCUGCUUAAAGCCCGGGUGUUAGAACUGAACCGACAAUUGGGAGCUUUGGCUGCCGGCUGGCGCCAUGGACAACUUUCGCUUCAUAUGAAUUUAGCACUACCAGCAGCAUCACUGUCGGGAUCUGGUACCACAGCGACGCCAAACAACGCCACUGUCCUUAAAUCGCAGAACCGAAUACUUGCGGAGGAAGUCAACAGAAAAAACGAAAGGAUAACCGUUUUGGAGCGAGAAAAGUCAGCAUUAAUACGAGAACUUCUAGUUCAAAGAAAUAGAACAAAACUAAUUGAUAAUUUUACAUGA